CAUUUAAAGUGUUUAAAUCAAUGCAAACUGUUCAGUUAAUUUAAUCGUUUUUACAAAAUAUGUACAAUAAAUGAACUAUUCUUUAAAGUAACGUUGCAAUGCUUUAUUUAACAUUAAUGAAGGUUGUUUUUGGGGAGUAAAUAGCAUCCACUCUUGAUUACCAGAAAAUGAGCGUCUCGUUUCGCUCUAUACAACGUGAAUCAGUUCAUCGUAAACAUGAAUUCAUGUAGCUACUGGAAAGAAGCGAUGAGAGAAACGGAGCUUUUCGAAACUCCGAGUCAGUUGAAUCAAUUGCUUCAUGAAAUGAUUCAGUGAUUCGAAUCGCCGCACGCUAAGGUCUCCAGCUGCUCAAACAAUGUCAUUUAAGUCCAUUAACUCUCAGGACAAACACAGAAAAACUCCUGGUGAAGCAACUGAGAUCCUCAUGACACACUAUUAUAAAGAUGGCGUUUAUUAAAGUGGAGAGUGAAGACAUGAAGAUUGAAGAAACAUUCAGUUUGAAACAUGAAGAAACUAAGGAACAAACAAAGAUGGCGUUUAUUAAAGAGGAGAGUGAAGACAUGAAGAUUGAAGAAACAUUCAGAGUAAAACGAGAAGAAACUGAGGAACAAACAAAGAUGGAGUUUGUUAAAGAGGAGAGUGAAAACAUGAGGAUUGAAGAAACAUUCAGAGUAAAACAAGAAGAACCUGAGCAACAAACAAAGAUGGCGUUUAUUAAAGAGGAGAGUGAAGACAUAAAGAUUGAAGAAACAUUCAGAGUGAAACUUGAAGAAACUGAGGAACAAACAGACCUCAUGGCACUGAAAGAGGAGAGUGAAGUACUAAAAGAAAUGGAACAGAAAGAUCAGCAUAAUAAUCAUCAUGAUUUCAUAACUGGAGAAAAAUCUUGUAGGUGCUCACAGACUGAAAACACUUCCUCACGAAAAAUGGCUCAAAAGACAGGGACUAGAAGUCAUUUCGGCAACAAACAGUGUGGAAACAGAUUCAAUCAAAAAGGAAGCUUUAACAAGCGCACGAAAAUUCGGACUGGAGAGAAGCCUUAUACAUGCUCUCAGUGUGGAAAGAGUUUUGAUCAACAUGUAAACCUUAAAGUCCACAUGAGAAUCCACACUGGAGAGAAGCCUUACACCUGCCAGCAGUGUGGAAAGAGUUUCAACCAAAGAGGAAUCCUUAACAGGCACUUAAGAAUUCACUAUAGAGAGAAACCUUUCACAUGCCCUCAGUGUGGAAAGAGUUUCAUUCAGAAAGGACACUUUAAAGACCACUUGAGAAUUCACUCUGGAGAGAAACCCUACACAUGCCCUCAGUGUGGAAAGAGUUUCAUUCAGAAAGGACACUUUAUAGUCCACAUGAGAGUUCACACUGGAGAGAAACCCUACACCUGCCAACAUUGUGGAAAAAGUUUCAGCCAAAAAGGAAUGCUUAACAGGCACAUGAGAGUUCACACUAGAGAAAAUGUGGUCAAGGUGAAAAGAGUUUCAGAUAAAGAAUGAGGAUUCAUGAAUAAAAUAACUCUUUUAUAUGUCUUCAGUGUGGAAUGAGUUUUACAGACAGGAAACACCCUAGGUAUCACGUAAUAACUCACACCAGAGAGAAGCCUUUCAUGUGUCGUCACUGUGGAAAGACUAAAGACUAAACAAAGCAAACCUCGAGGUUUACAUAAGCAUCCCCAAUACACUCAAACACAAUUAGAUGUAAUACAUAAAAUGAUAUACCUCUAUAUAGAUCAACAACUUGUUUUUAGUUCUUUGCUUAGGGGUGAAAAGAAGUUCAAGAUACCUGUGCAUCAGACUUAGUAAACAUCCCAAGUGGCUUUUAGAUGAAUAUGUAAAUGUGCUGCACAUUUUCCUUUCAAUAACAAAAUAAACCCAAUGAGAAAACAA